CAGCCAAUUUCACAAAGCUCCAGACUCAAUCCAAGAGUUGUUCCUGACUGAACUCUUUCCGACAAAGCCUCCUAGAGCGUACUCGACAUCGACCUUUGAUGGUCUCCCGAUCGAACUCACAAGACUGCCUCCGCUCCUCAUCGCCGGCAUGAGCGGACGGCUUAUAGCAGCGGCCGGGCGUCUCCCCUUGACGCGUUCGGCCGCCACCCAAGCUGCCCGCCAGUAUCACCAUGUACCAUCCGGCGGUCUUCUUCGAGCCGAUGCUGCCGUUCGAGCUACCAGACAACGGAUGUGGAGGGGGGGCAACGCUUUCCAUAACGCCGUCGUAGUACGAAACGCAUCCUUCGCGCGGUUCCUGCCCAAGCUGGCGGCGAAGCUCUUCAGGAUACCGGCUAUGGCGGGUGGUGUCACCGUCGCUGGGCUGGCAUGGAUACAGUAUCAAGCUACGCAGGCCGGAAACUAUGCUUGGGACGUCUUCAACACGACAAAAGACACAGUAUCGGGUGCGGCAACGGGCAUCUUUGACGGCUUCAAGGGAAUUGCAGAUCAAACAAUGCGAGGAUGGGAGAGCACGAAAGAGCAGGCCGAGCUCCCAGAAUGGAUGCAAAAGGUAUUGAGGCUUCAGGAGGAGAUUGGAACGGGAAAGAACGGCGGCGACGGCGGACCCGGCGGCGAACCACCAAAAGAAAGCCGAACCGGAGCUGCCGUAGCUGCUGGUGCCAGUGCCGCGGCAUACGGCUACGAACAAUCAUCCGAGGACGAUCCGAGAAGCGACGAGGAGAUUGCCAAAGAUGACCAGAUGAUGGUCUUGACCAAGAAGAUGAUCGAGAUUCGCAACAUUCUAUCCAAGGUUGGCCAGGCCAGCACACUAAACCUACCAUCGAUUGUAGUCAUUGGAUCGCAGUCCUCAGGAAAGAGCUCCGUCUUGGAAUCUAUCGUCGGCCAUGAAUUCUUACCGAAAGGCUUGAACAUGGUCACACGGCGACCGAUCGAACUUACCCUGAUCAACACGCCUGGAUCGAAAGCCGAGUAUGGCGAAUUUCCCGACCUGGGAUUAGGCAAGGUUUCGGAUUUCUCGUCUAUCCAGCGAACCUUGACGGAGCUCAACCAGGCCGUUUCGGAUGCAGAAUGCGUAUCGGACGACCCAAUCCGGCUGUCGAUUUCAUCGCCCCAUGUUCCUGAUUUGUCGCUCAUUGAUCUACCUGGAUAUAUCCAAGUCGUCGGCCAGAACCAGCCUCUAGAGUUGAAGCAGAAGAUCUCGGAGCUUUGCGACAAGUACAUCCAGGCACCCAAUGUCAUUCUCGCCAUCUCCGCGGCUGAUGUAGAUCUGGCGAACUCGACCGCCUUACGCGCAAGUCGCCGUGUGGAUCCGCGAGGUGAGCGUACAAUCGGUGUCGUCACAAAAAUGGACUUGGUGGACCCGGUUAGGGGUAUGUCUAUCCUCACCGAUAAGCAAUACCCAUUGCGACUGGGAUAUGUUGGUGUGGUAUCACGUGUCCCAGCGGCCUCUGGCGGCUUGUUCAGGAAGGGCGGCGGAAACCUGACAACUGCCAUCACCAAGAAUGAGAACGCUUACUUCUCGGCCCAUCCCCUGGAGUUUGGAUCCGACGCUGAAGUUAGCGUGGGAACCUCGACGUUGCGCAAGAAGCUCAUGCACGUGCUUGAGCAGACUAUGUCUGCCAGCCUACAAGCCACGAGCGAUGCAAUUCAACAGGAACUCGAGGAAGCAACUUACGAGUUCAAGGUCCAAUACAACGACCGUCCGCUUUCUGCAGAGUCGUACUUGGCCGAAAGCCUUGAUGCUUUUAAGCAUUCAUUUAAGCAAUUUGCAGGGGAGUUUGGCCGUCCACAAAUGCACGAACUAUUGAAGAACGAGCUAGACCAGCGAGUAUUGGACUUACUGGCGGCCCGAUACUGGAACAAACCAAUCCAUGAUCUCUCAGUACCCGUUCCAGAGCCAGAUCUCCUGGCGGAUCUACCUAAGGCGGAUCCAGAUAAUCCUUACUGGCAUCGCCGCCUGGACGCUUCCACGUCGUCUUUGACCAAACUUGGUGUCGGUCGUCUAGCUACCAACGUUGUGGCUUCGGCCAUUCAGUCACACGUCGAUAAGCUCAUUAGCCAGUCCACCUUUGUGAACCACCCUUUUGCGCGGCAAGCUAUCACGGAGGCUGCAUCUAGCAUUCUCAACGAUAGGUUCUAUAGCACCAGCGAUCAAGUUGAGAACUGUAUUAAGCCCUUCAAAUUCGAGAUUGAUAUGGAGGACCGGGAAUGGUCCAACGGACGAGAGCACGUUCAAGGUGUUCUGAAGAACGAACUCGAGGCAUGCGAAGGGGCAAUGAAAGGCCUUGAGAAUACUGUCGGGGGCAGGAGGAAGCUGAAGGAAGUGAUGACUUUCGUGGACAAGGCACGGAAAGGUGAUGUUAUUGUCGAAGGCGAAAGCUCAACUGGCGCAGGCGGCUUCAGCGCUGCAUUACUGACAAAAGGCCGGGAAGCAGUCUUCCUUCGUGAUCGUGCUGAGAUCAUAAAAAUGCGCAUGUAUGCUGUCAAGUCGAAGCAAUGUGCCAACAUGAAGAACAAGUACUACUGCCCUGAGGUUUUCCUCGACGCCGUGUCCAGCAAGCUUGCCUCUACAGCAGUGCUCUUCCUCAACGUAGAGCUACUUUCCGAGUUUUACUACAACUUCCCGCGAGAGCUAGAUCAAAAGCUUGGUCGCCAUCUGACACAGGAUGAGAUUGAGCAGUUUGCGAAGGAGGAUCCCAAAAUCAAGAAGCAUCUGGAGGUGAUCCGCCGCAAGGAGUUGCUAGAGCUCGUGCUCGAGAAGAUGCAGAGCCUGAGCCAACUGGAGGGCCGUGAGAGGGAAAGAGAGAGGGGCAAGCCGCAUAAGAAGUCCACCAGCGAGAAGCAUAAGGGUGGGUGGGGUCUGUUCUAAGGGCAGCGAGGCGGAGAAAUAGAAACACUGCUUUUAUGAUAAAAACACGUCACGAUGGGUUUACAAGGAGUUCAGGGGCUCGACUUGGAUGCGUUAGAUCGUCCAAGCGGCUGGUCGUUACCGAGAUAUCACACAUUUUCACACGGAGGCUCUCUCAGCUCUUAUGAGAUAGGCUUGAUCCCCUCUUAGUACUUAUUUAGUCACUUUUUCCGUGAAUAUGAUAUAUUCUUUCGAGA